AUGUGCCUGAAUGUUAAGGAGGAGGAGCCUGCUCAAGUCUACCCAGAAGAAGCACAAAUACCCCAUCCUUCACAUAUUUCCUCCAAGCAGUCUGUGAAUAAACGAGUCCAAUAUAUGCAAAGCCUACAGAAAGAGAAGAAGAAACUGAGAAAAAGGUUCUCAAGGCCUGCCCCGAUUCCAGAUCCAGGAAUUGUGGCCCUCUGUUCUCCUGCCCCCGUUCUAUCCUGA